GGAAUACUGGCUCCAAUGUUUUGAAGAAUCUGUGGACAAAUUUGUUUCCCGAGCCAUCAGCAGUCAACCUCAUAGUCUGACAGCCAAAGAGAGAGCAUCUAAAUUCAAGGAAAAAUAUGUAUCUAGGCUGUAUUACCUCAAACAUCAGCCAUUUGCCUAUGGUAAUUUGUCCGUGAGGAGCUUACUGGACACAAUUGAACAUUGUAUGAAGGAAUUUGAUUUUCCUGAUCCAUAUCUUUUGCAAAAGCAGAUGGAGAAUGAGAAAGCCCUUGGUUUGUUAGGAAAAAGACUGGAGUACCUGGAUAAUUUGGAAUGGUUUCCUCGGCAAGAAAUGUUGAUCACAUCUAUAUUGGCAGGAAAUAUGUUUGACUGGGGGGCACGUGAAGUGGCUGAUCUUAUGGAAAAUACAGACUUUGGAUUCCAUGAAGCACGUAGCAAGAUACAAGCUCGACCGUGGCUGGUAGAUGGUUUGGACAAAUGGAUAGAUCGCCUGAAGGGUCCACCUCACAAGUGUGCUGCCAUCUUUGUGGACAACAGUGGGAUUGACAUUGUUCUUGGUAUUCUUCCCUUUGCUAGGGAAUUGUUAGAGAGAGGAACUAAGGUGAUUCUUUGUGCAAACUCAGCACCUGCCUUGAAUGAUGUGACCCAUUCUGAACUGGUCAUGCUGUUGAAGCAAGCUGCAGCAGUUUGUGGGGUGAUCCGCAGUGCUCUGAAUGCAGGAACACUGAUUCCAAUGGAAACAGCACAAGCAGGACCUUGUCUUGAUCUCAGUCGAUUGAAUCUGGAUUUGGCAAAUGCAAUGUCAUCCCAGGGUGUGGAUCUAAUCGUUCUGGAAGGGAUGGGCCGUGCACUUCACACAAAUCUGGAAGCACUAUUCACAUGUGAAUGUCUCAAAAUAGCUGUAAUCAAGAAUCGGUGGCUAGCUACAAGGCUUGGUGGAGAUAUGUUCUCAGUUUUAUGUAAGUAUGAGUGCCCAAAUGAAGUAAAGGAAGACAGGAAACAACAGGGUUUGAAUGCAGUGAAAUAAUAAUGUUGCAGUUUGAGCAAGAUGUGUGCACAGAUGAAGUAAAGAAAGGAAGGAAGGGUAGGGUUGAAAACAGUGAAAUAAUAUUGUGGUUUGAUGAGGGUUUUAUUAUUAUUAUUAUUAUUAUUAUUAAAAAUUUAGCUUGUAUUAGUGACUAUUAAUGCAGGUUGUAGAUUGGAUGAACGAUUUUGUUUACUCCUUAUAUGCACCACCAGUAAUUACACGUAAUUAUAACACUGUCGCUAUUACUACACUUGAUACAUCACUGUUACACACACACACACACACACACACACACACACACAAACACACACACACACACCACUCCUCCCCUGGUAAUGCAAUUAAGACAGGAACCAUAAAAGUCUCACUUAAUCAAACACUCCAAAUAUCAAGUCUUCUCUUUACAGCUGCUAACUACACUGAACUCUGCACUAAUCUAAGCUACAACAGCUCCUUGUUAUACAGGCUUCGCAUGAACCACACAGAAAACAUGAGUCACGAGAUUCAUACUAAGCGAGUUCAUUUUGCGCACUAACACUUGAUUAGCAAUGAGCUAUAACCUUCAUCCACUGAGACACAGCAUCCAUUGUUGCUUGUUGGAAUAUGUUUACUGAGCCAUUGCCUAGAAAUGCUUUGAGCAAAUUUGUUAACCAUAUUUUUAUCCUCAUCACAUCAUCAUUAUUAUUUAAUCAAUCAGCCAGACAUGUUUCUGCAGACGUAUCAUUAUUUAUAACAGAAAGUUAAUUUUGUCAACUCUUGUUGUUAAUAACACAUUUAAUAAUAAUAGUAAUAAAGGGUUCUUUUUGUUAGA